AUGCGGCCUCCCUCUGCGCAAGCCUCUUUGUCUCUUUUGAGCCUGCUGCUGCCUCUGGCAUCGGCAGGUAGCUAUGAAUCACCGCCGGUUUUUCCUAGCCCACCCGGGAAGGGAGAUGGCGUCUGGACAAAUGCGUAUGAAAGCGCACGCAGCCUCGUAGGGCAGAUGACAUUGGAGGAGAAAGUCAACAUCACACGAGGCUUCAAGGCAGACAAUGUCUGCGCUGGUACGACCGGCACCGUCCCCCGGCUGGACUGGCCGGGCAUGUGCCUCCACGAUGCCGGCAACGGCGUCAGGGCGACCGACUUUGUCAGCUCUUUCCCGUCGGCUAUCCAUGUGGGAGCCAGCUGGGACAAGAAUCUGACCUACCAGAGGGGUUGGUAUAUGGGGAAGGAGUUCAAGGCAAAAGGCGUCAACAUCAUCUUAGGGCCCAAUGCUGGUCCUCUUGGUCGUAGCCCUCUGGGUGGUCGCAACUGGGAGGGAUUCAGUGUUGACCCCUACCUGUCCGGAAAGCUCAAUGCUGAGUCCAUUGUUGGGCAUCAGGAAGCUGGUGUCAUCGCCAACAUCAAGCACUUUAUCGGCAACGAGCAAGAAACCUACAGGAGACCUUACUUUGGCGUUGAGGCGGUCUCUGCCAACAUCGACGAUAAGACUCUGCACGAGUACUAUCUUUGGCCAUUUGUUGAUGGCAUUCACGCGGGCGUGGCAUCUGUCAUGUGCUCUUACCAACGUAUCAACAGCACCUAUGGUUGUGAUAAUAGCAAGACCCUCAAUGGAAUCUUGAAGACCGAGUUGGGGUUCCAAGGUUUUGUGCUUCUGGACUGGAACGCCGUCCAUCAUCUCACGAGCGCAAACGCUGGCUUGGAUAUGGUGAUGCCUCUUGGAGGGAGUUUUGGGAAUAAUAUCACUGAUGCUGUUCACAACGGCACUGUAACUGAGGAUCGGGUAACCGAUAUGGCAACCAGAAUCGUUGCUGCCUGGUACCUCGCAGGCCAAGAUGGAGGGAAAUUCCCCGAGCCUGGAAUCGGCAUGAAGAACCUAACCGAACCUCAUGAGCAGAUCGAUGCUCGCGAUCCACACUCGAAGCCAAUCACUCUGGAGGGUGCCAUUGCGGGCCAUGUCCUUGUCAAGAACGAAAACAAAACACUCCCCUUCAAAGGCCCCUUGAAGAUGAUCUCGGUAUUCGGCUAUGAUGCAACGAUUCCGCAGACCAAGAAUACCGACAAGCUCUUUGAGCUGGGCUACACGUCUUCCAAGGAGAUGGCACAGGCAAACUUGGGAACGCCCCAGCACUUUGAUCAAGCAGCCAGAGGUGGAACUAUUGUCACCGGAGGACGAGCUGGUGCCAACGCACCGGCUUAUAUGAUCGAUCCACUCAAUGCGUUGCAACAACGAGCAACAGUAGACGACACUUGGGUGAACUGGGACCUUAGGUCCCACGACCCGAGUGUGAACGCCGCCUCUGAUGUCUGCCUGGUCUUCAUCAACGCGAUAGCAACCGAGGGCUGGGAUCGCGACGGUCUGCAUGACGACUUCAGCGAUGGCCUCGUUCAGAAUGUCGCCCGCAAGUGCGCCAACACAGUCGUCGUAAUCCACGCAGCCGGCAUUCGACUCGUAGACCAGUGGAUCGAGCAUCCCAACGUCACUGCUACAGUCAUUGCCCAUCUCCCCGGACAGGACAGCGGCACAGCCCUCGUGAAGCUGCUGUACGGAGAGGCUGGAUUCUCAGGAAAGCUGCCCUACACUCUCGCCAAAAACGAGACGGACUACGGGAGUGUCCUACACCCUUGCGAAAAGUCGUCGGACAGCGAUACAGACCCCCAGUGCGACUUCUCCGAGGGCACCUACCUCGACUACCGCGCCUUUGACGCACAACACAUCACGCCACGGUUCGAGUUCGGAUUUGGACUCAGCUACACUACAUUCAACUAUACAAGCAUGGAGCUCAAACGCGAGGGCCUGGCCGCCUCCGCCCCAUGCAACGGAGAGAACCGCUGGGACCUGGCAGCGACUGUCACUGCCUCGAUCACCAAUUCCGGCGACAGGGAAGGCGAGGAGGUAGCUCAGCUGUACAUUGCGAUCCCGAAUUCGCCGCCACGCCAGCUCCGCGGCUUUGAAAAGGUGCGACUACAGCCGGGGGAGGACGCAGUGCUGACGUUCGAGCUCGACAUGAGAGACUUUGCCGUUUGGGAUGUUGUGAGCCAGGAGUGGAUCGUCCAGGAGGGCGAAUAUCUCAUUUUUGUGGGAGCAAGCAGCCGGGACCUAAGAUUGAAGGACAAGUUCGUUAUUUGA